UUUUUCAACUUACACAUUCUUUAUAUAACAAAAUGCAAGCUGAUUCAACAACUCCCAAGGGUACCAUUAGGUAAACAUUCAAAAUGAUUAGAGAGAGGGAGAAAGCAAAAGAUGAUUACAGGAUUUGUGACAUUGAAAGCGUUUUAAAAAUUACUUGAUAUCAUAACAUUUUUUUUAAUAUCAUGUUUACGAUGAGAGUAACAAACGUUUUCCCUGUUUAUGAAGACCAGUAUAAAAAGAGUUAGAGAUGAUGAUGAUGGAAGAUGAUGACACUAAUUUUUUUUUAUAUAACAGAAAGCGUGUCACUUCUCGCACCAACACCAACAACAACGCAUCUCGUGGUGGUAUUCCUGGUGGAAGCACAUCUAGCAUGAUGCGUAUCUACUCUGAUGAUUCUCCUGGACUCCGUGUUGAUCCCGUUGUUGUCUUGGUCUUGUCUUUGACCUUUAUUGCAUCUGUCUUUGGUCUUCAUAUCGUUGGUAGAUUCUUAGCUUAAUUGUCACUUUUCUGUAACUUGCAACACACACGAACACUCACCCACACACCCACACACACCUUAUUCCACAAUGUUUUCUUUUUUUUUCUUUUUGUGCAUAAAAUAAUCAAAUAAAAUAUAUACACAUUUCCAGGCUUUAAA